AUGAUUUCGCCUACACCGUCCGCUAAUACCCAGCAGUCUGGACACGUUGGCAGCCCGGUUGAAAUUUCACCAUCAGUUCCAUCACCAAUAGCAGAGUCUGCUCCUCCUACCUCUAGUGAACCCGCUCCACUAAGUGAACCUCCACAUAACAGUGGUGGCGACAAUGGCGAGGACAAUACAGGUGCUCAAAGUACUCAGAAGAGGAGACAUACUUCUCCAGUAUGGGAUUUCUUUGACAGGGUCAUUGUUAAUGGGGAGCCCAAAGUGAAGUGUCUCAAGCACCGUGUGUUUGAGGUGUCCUUCGCUGACUUUCAAGGUGAUGAGGACCACUCCUUCAGGAAGAUCCGUUUGAAAGCUGAAGAUGUUCAGGGAAAGAAUGUUCUCACAAACUUCUGGGGCAUGGAUUUCACCACUGACAAACUGAGAUCUCUUGUGAGGAAAUGGCAGUCACUAAUUGAGGCUCAUGUUGAUGUCAAGACUACCGACAACUAUACUCUGAGGUUGUUCUGCAUUGCCUUCACGAAGAAGCGCGUGAACCAGCAGAAGAGGACAUGCUAUGCACAGUCGAGCCAGAUUCGUCAGGUAUUUGGUCCUUUAGCUUGCCCGAAUGUGCUCCCGAGCCUCGCCUCACCUCACCUCAGGUUCUUUGAAUCAUGGAUGGAAACUUAUCAGCUGCCAUG